UUAUUAUGUACAGUGUACACAAAAGAAUAUCUUUGAUCAUUUAAUCAAAUUGCAUUUAUAUAAUUAAUUUUUGAACAGUUUUAAUAUAGGGAUUAUCGAAAAUCGUAAUGUAUAAUAAAAUUCGUUAUUACAUAUUAUUCAUAUUAAAAUACUGGUCAAGCACUUCAGCUAAUGAUGAUUUAAAGGAUGACAUGAAUGGUGAGACAUUUCAUGAUGCCAAAACAGGAAAUGAACUUCCAAAUAUUAAUAUAGACGUUCCUACAAAUAUUUUGGAGCAGAAAGUUAAGACAUUAGAAGAGCCAUAUAGAGUCGAAAAAGAUACACAAACACAUAGAGAAUUACAAUUGCAUCGUUUUCAAGAACCAUGCAUGAUGCAAUUAGCACAAGCAUACGAUAUUAAUAAAACGGAUACGUGUAAAUUGUUAGAGAUUGUACAGAAAUUACAAAACACGGUGGAAAAGCAAAAAUUUAUAGUCGAAAAUAAAAAUAAUUGUGAAGAUAUACAAUAUUUAAAAUUGGACAUGAUAACUGUUAAAAACAAUUUGAACAAGUUGAUCACAAAUAUCGACGACCUGAGAAAUAAAAUGAUGUUUAUAGAAAGAACCAUCGAAAUACGCAAUAAUAAGUUUAGUAAACUGAAAAAUCGUAUUGGAAUCCUCGAAAAAGAAGUGACAAAAAAUACUACCCAUAUAAUUGAAAUGAAUUACUCGUAUCAGACAUUGAUGUUUACAAGUAUGAACUUUGGUGCGGGACGCGAUGUUUCAAGCCCGCUGAACACAUCAACAUCGUCCUCGGCAUCUUUGAAUCUACCUCCUCCACCAACAUCACCACCACCACCUCCAACACCACCACCACCUCCACCACCACCUUCACUACCUUUGACGACAAAGACUGGUAUAGAGACAUCUAGGAAAGUGGUUCACGAGACGACGGCUAACACAUCAAAGGCAGCAAUGAAAACCGAGAAAGGAUAUUUUAGAAUACCGAUUACUGAAGAAAUACUAAAGUCAGUAGUGUUAAAGCCACCCGGUCAGUGGACAGCCGGUAAAAAGUGUUCAGCAAAGUGA